GUCAGUACCAAAGUACGGAGUUGAAAAGUGAUCAUGUCUGCGAAACUCAUCGUCUUCCUCGCCAUUGUUGGAGCGACCUACGCUCUUGUCGCUUCUCCUAAAUUCAGGAGGGACGUUGAGAGCGGAGGUUCAGCGUCUAACUCUUCUAACGCAUCAUCUGAGAAUGGAACUUCGUCUAACUCUUCUCACACAUCAUCUAGUGGAUCAUCUAGUGAUUCUUCUAGUAGCUCCUCUAAUAGUACUUCCAGUAACUCUUCCGGUAACUCUACCAAUGCCGCCGAUUCCGCUGCAGCCUCAGCCGAAGCCGCAGCCGCUUCAGCCAAAGCCGCAGCCGCUGCAGCCGCAGCCGCAAACUCAGCUUCAGCCUCAGCUUCUAGUAGUGCAACGUCGUCAAAUAGUUCGAGCUACGACGUCGAGAAACAAGUGGAAAAACUCAUGGCUGAAAAAAAUCGCACCGCCAUUUUAGACUUCGCCGGUCUCCCUAACUUGAAAUCAUGGCUGUCGGAAGUAAACUUCACCGACGUCACUUUCGUCGCCAAAGUGCCCAAGCUGCCAAGCCUGCGUCUGUUGCCCCCCAUUGUUGGCCUCAGGGAAAGAAUCAGACUGGCCAGGGCUCGUCUGCUGGCUCGUCUGAAUGGUGAAGAUGACAUACCAACCGCUAUCCAAGAUGCCACCAUCAAGGCUAUCCACGCCGUCAACCCUACCGAGGCUCUGUCCGAUUUGGCUUACACCAUCUUAAACACGUACUACACCUUGGCCGCGAACUGUCCAUUGCUCGCGAGGACCGCCAUACUUGCAGAGGGAGUAAAACUGGUCACCUCAUCGCUCCAAGUUGUGGUCCGAGCUAGUGUUGAAGUUAACAUCUAAGUAUGGUGUGCUAGUACUGAAUCAACAAUUUAUGACGACGCUCGCUUGAUCAAUGGACGCAGACCAAAAUUGUAAUUUCUGGCUUCACCAGGAAUUCCUCAGCAUUUAUCAUAUUAGAUUUGAUGUGCAAUACUUUAAGUUGCAAUAAAAUUUUUAAAUGCAUUAAUGAA